AAUUUGAGAAUCUCUUUGAUUGAAUUUUCCGAUCCGACGGAACUCGAUUUCUCCGGGAACGGAGACGAAAGUCCUAAGUAUGGCGGAGAAGCUCGCGCCAGAGAAGCGACAUGAUUUCAUUCAUAACGGGCAAAAGGUGUUUGAGUGGGAUCAAACCCUAGAGGAAGUGAACUUGUACAUAACUCUGCCGCCCAAUGUUCAUCCAAAGGCUUUCCACUGCAAAAUCCAGUCGAAACAUCUCGAAGUUGGCAUCAAAGGCAACCCUCCUUAUCUCAAUCACGAUCUUAGUGCUCCGGUGAAGACGGAUUGCUCGUUCUGGACUUUAGAGGAUGAUAUAAUGCACAUUACCCUGCAGAAGAGGGAGAAAGGGCAGACAUGGGCAUCGCCGAUUCUGGGACAGGGUCAGUUGGAUCCUUACGCCACUGACCUAGAGCAGAAGCGGCUUAUGCUGCAGAGGUUUCAAGAAGAGAACCCUGGAUUUGACUUUUCUCAAGCUCAGUUCACGGGUAAUUGUCCAGAUCCGAGGAGCUUCAUGGGUGGUAUUCGUUCUGACUAAAUAUAGUCCCACUCUUGUUUCUUGUUUCCUACUAUUGUGACUAAAACUCCAAAGUCAUCUUGACUUAAAAUGUCUGAGUGAACAACGUGAAUGUCUCAUGGCUCACAAAUAAACGGCCUGAUUCGCGUCUGUAUAACUCGUAAUUUCGUAUUAGCAAUCAUGUAAUCGUCUUUAAGCUGUUUUAGACUUUUAGUUACUCGUAAAUAAAUGACUCUCGUCUCUGUUUA